UCCAUUUUGGUCACACAGCUAGAGUAUGAAGAGCACCGCUCUAGCCCGUCUCUAUGGAAUCCUCUUUCCGUUCUAGCCAGUGCCACUCUAUGAUAACCGGAAGUCGGUCCGUCCUUGCACCGGGUCCCCUGCGCCACUUCCGGCGCGGCCGACUACUUUUACCUCCGCAGUGCCGCUUUGCUAUUUAAUUUAGCCACGGGCCGAAUGGCGGCGUCGGCUCCGCGCUUCGUUUGGUUGUUGGCGUUUGGGGCGGUGCUAGUGGCAGCAACGGGGCCGAAGGUGAACGAGACAGGAGAGGCGGACCAGGGCCCCGAGGGCCACAGCCGCCAUGAGGGCCCUGCGGCGCCCACCGCGCCUUCGACGGAGGAGGCGGCGACGACAUCCGGGUCCUCCUCGGGGCUGUCCUCGUCGCCUUCGGGGCUGGGCCUGGGGCUCUCGGCCCUCCACCGCGCGCUCUACGUCGUCGCCGUCCUGGUCGGCUUCGGACUCCUUUACUACGUCGGGGGCCGCGCUCUGCGGACACGGAAGCCUCCGCGGAAAAAAUAUGGCCUCUUGUCGAACUCUGAAGACCCCAUGGAGAUGGCCUCUCUAGAGAGCGACGAAGAUACGGUAUUCGAAACGAGGAACCUGAGGCGAUGAUGAUGGAGCCCAUGGUGUGACGUGCCAGCCUUUGAACAGAGGAGGUACAGAGCCACUGUCGCCAGCCACCUUUUCCCUGAUUCCUUGUUUUCUCUCUCUCUCUUUAUUUUUUAACACUGUGGGAUUUGUUUUCCUGAAGAGAUGCUGCGUUGUGUGAGCCCUUCCUCUUGUUGAACAGGAUGGCUGGCGUCCCAGACUGACAUGGAUAGCUGGCAUUUUGCCUCCCAAACUGACAAGAUGAAUGUAGCUGGCUGGGGACCAAAGGUGAAAGAGAAUUGGAUGGGGUACACGAGUGAAGGAAUCAAAAUGUAUGUCUUUGUGUGUCUUUAUACAUUCCUAUCGGCGGUUGGACCAGAGGCUGUGAUACGAAGCCGCCAUCCUUGAGGACCACCUGCCUUCAUCCUGGAUUGGUCAAUAAAAUUUGUUCCCACAUAGUUGAGCUUGUGGGCUUCAGGAUGAUGAGAUGGUUGCUCCAUUGGCUCAUCCUCCAGGUAAUGGGUUGGGAAACUGCAGCGGUCCGCACGGUUUGGCUUCUACCUGAACUUGAUAUUGGCUUGUUCUCCAGACAUUUCAGAAUAGCCUCAGUAGCUUUGGGAUUCUGCCAUAAGCUUCUGGAAACUGUUAAGUGUUGAGCAAGAGGGUUCUAGGAGGAGUUACUGGAGGCAGAACAACAUAGGAAUCUGGUUGUUCAGCUGGCUAAAACUUGGUGCUGGCACCUCAUUCUUUUGGAAGGGAUUCUUCCACUCCUCGAACCCCUUUGUGCCCUCUGUGGUUUUCAGCCUGUUUCAGAUUAGCAGGAAAUGUUUGAAUUCUGGGCAUGAACCUAACUUCCUAAAGCUCAGAUAAAUAAUCAUUGGAAACUAUGGGGCAGUUUUAGCCCUCAAGGGAUCCUCAUCUGUAAAAAGAAAUCCCCAUUUUUUUGUUCUCAGAUGCCCCUUAGAGAGUAUGGGGGCACCUUUGCUAUGGUUUUAGGCCCAGGAAAGGCCUUUAUUACAACAAGUAGUAAGCAGAAAAUUGCUUUCUGUUUGCUUUCUGUUUGUUAAAAAGGCCUUUACUGGGCCUAAAAUUGCCCGGGGAAGCAAAAAUCAUGCUGAACCCACACUUCUGGAGGGCUUUUGGGGGGCCAAAAAUUGAAAAACAGUAGACCAGUGAAGUCCUAGGGACCACAAAAGCAGCCCUGGGUCCACACUUUGUCCAGCCCUGCCGUGAAGGGUAGAUGUCACACAGGCUCAGUUGCUGAGCAAUAGAAACGAGUUUUCACAUUAAAAGCAGUGCUGGUUUUACAUGCAAUGGUUGCAAGAAAAGGUUUGUUUGGUUUUUAAAAAAAUUUUCUCCCCAGGAAUGCAAAGAGGAGGGUCUAGGCUGAGUAGGAGAGACUGUGAGUUGUAGCAGGGUAAGCACAUUGUGGUGCUUAGAACCCACUUCCCAGUCCCUUUGAACCCUCCCAAAUUUUGGAAAAGGAAUUAAUUUGGUAUGAGGUUUUUGUUUUUUGCAAUUUUUGCUCCAGUCAGGCAGAAAUCUCCCCCAAACAUGUGAAAAACACGAAAAACUCCCCACCCUUCCCUGCUCAAGCACCUGAAAACACUGCACUACCUCCAAAUGCCUCUGCUUUCCUUUUUAGUCCCUCUCAAAAUGGUGACAGCAAGUAAGACAAUGUCUUUUCAUUUUGAGAGGGACUGCAGAGCAAACAAAAGAGUUUGGAUGUGCUGUAGAGGAGGCUGUCCAUGGGGAGGGUUUGGGGGGAGUUGGCCCCUGUCCCCCGUGCAAUAGCUCACCUGUAUUCUAGUCCCAACAACAUCUGGAGGGCCUCAGGAUUCACACUCGUGCCACAGUCUGCUCGAGAGAUGGCAUCAUGGUGUAAGGCAGGGAUAGGCAAUUUUUACAGGAGUAGGGACCAUAGUUUCUGCCUUGGCACCUUGCUGGGAACAAGGGAUGCAGAUAAGGGCAUGGAAUCAAAACUGGCCCUGCUGGAACUUGUCCAUGUUUGGAUUUUUGUGUCUCUCCUUUGCCAGUUCAAGUACCACAAAUUCCACAUCAAAAAACUGGAUGCUUCUAGAAACAGAAAAGCUUUUUAUGUUUACUCCCCCCUCCCCAGGUCCUUUUGUGCUGUCUUGUGGGCCAUAAAAACUGCCUUGUGAGCCACACAUGGUCCAUGAACUAUGCUUUGCCUACCUUGGUGCCAGGGGAGCUACAUGCCGGCCUGGGAUUAGUAGCCGUACCUUUACAAAUCUUUCCUCUUCCCCUUCUUCGAUGAGUAGCAAGGAUUAAUCCCUCACCUCACUUCCCCAAAGAACCAAGUCCAUUUGAAUUUGACUCUACUCCCCGACAAUAUUUGCUCUUCAUUCCUCUUUUGUGGCUUUGCGCUGCAAACACAAGCCCUCUUCAAACAAUUCCAGUCAUACUGUUUUCUUUGUGAGACAUUCCUUGCUGAAAUGUGAAGUGGAUCAUCUUUUUUCUUUCUGGCUAGCAAAAUGAAAAUCCUGUUUUCUCACUAACCAGUCCUCUAACCGGUGACCAAAGAGUUGUGUCUUUGCAUUAUAACACUUUAUAAUCUUCGGCAAAGCUGUAUUUGAGAAGAGUUUAGGCCAGUUCAGGCUUGUUCUCUGGGUACAAGGUGUGCCCACACAUGUGUGUCGCUAUGGAAAGGAAGGGCCCUUCCAUAGACAUGGCCUGCAACUCCCAUGGUCCCUCACUAUUGGCGGUGCCGGCCAGGGCCUGAUGGGAGCUAUAGAGGAUCGUGUAUUGCUCACCCCUUUAAGAUUAUUGCAACUCUUUGCCUGUCCCCCCAGCCCUGUGUCCUCCAGCUGUUGUGGACUUCAGCUCCCCUCAUCCACAGCAACAUGGGAAUUGUGGUUCAGCUCAUCUGGAAAGGGGCCAAAUUGGGAGGGAUAGCUGGCUGCAAUUUGAAAUGUGUGCAUGCAUGAGUGUGUGCGCGUGCGCAUACACACACUUACAAAACCAUGAAUAUUUUCAUUUUUAAAACCGUACAGACAAGUAAAGAGAACUAAUCUUUUCUUAAAACUGUGAUUGAUGGGGUGCAGGGUUUUUCCUUCCCGAGUUUUGUUUGUUCUGGAGUGGAAAUAAAUCUGCUAAUCUUCCGCUAAAGAAGAAUAAACAGUCCAUCCUCUGGAA